AUGGGUUGCUCAGGUUCAUCAGCUAUGGCACAAGAAGUUUCUAAUGUAGAAAAUGUUGAAAGUUGGAAAAUAGAUAAUUUAAAUAUAAGAAAAUUGGCCUUAGAUGCUCAUUAAUUAGCACUAAAUGAGUAGUACACUGUUUUAGUAACUGGUGCUAACGGUUUCCUUAGCAGUUAUAUUAUUAAGUAUUUGCUUCAAUUAAACUACAAAGUGAAAGGAACUGUAAGAAAUCUUGCUGAUAAAUAAAAAUACCAGCAUAUUUAUGAUAUUAUUCCAUAGAAAUAUCGUAGUAAAAUUUCUUUCGUAUAAGCAGAUCUAACUUCAGAAAACGGAUGGGAUGAGGCUGUUAAAAAUUGUCAAUAUGUCCUUCAUGUAGCAUCUCCUUUUAAUUACGAAGCUAAAACAGCAGAUGAAAUGAUUACACCAGCUGUUAAAGGAACUUAAUUUGUUCUAAAUGCAUGUGUUAAAUACUCAAGAAAUAUCAAAAAAGUUGUUGUAACUAGCUCUGGUAAAGCUAUUUUUGAAGGAAAUACACAAAAAGUUCAUUUUGAUGAGACAAACUGGCAAAAUUAUUAAAACGCUGGUUUCUACGGAUAAUCAAAAUAUUAUGCCGAGAAGGAAGCUUGGAAAAUUUAUGAAGAAAAUAAAGAUAAACUAAACCUUACUGUUAUAAAUCCUACUUUAAUUCUAGGUCCUUCUUUGUCAACAAAAUUAUCUGCAAGUUAAGGAAUAAUAACAAACUUAUUAAAUGGCAAGUUAGUGCCUUAACCAAUUACUUUAGGAAUUGUAGAUGUCAGAGAUGUUGCUGCAGCUCAUAUUAUUACUAUGUAAGAUAAACUAAGUGAAGUAACUAGAGGUAAGAGGUACAUCAUUUGUAGCUAGUCUAUGUGGAUAAAAGAUAUUGCAGCCUUACUCUGUGAUUAUUACAAGCAUAAGAGACCUGAAUUAAAAAUUAACACCAAAGAGCUUACUCAUGAAGAAUUUGAAGCAAAAGCUUAAGUUGUACCAAUUUACAAAGAAACCCUAAGAUAAAGUGGCUAGUACUUUGUUAUGGAUAAUGCAACUAGUUUGUAAGAACUAGGAAUGUAAUAUGUUGGAAUCUAUAACACAAUCAUUGAAACGGCUGAAGAAAUUCUUAAAAAUGGUUUAUGA